AUGGAAAUCCUACACCAAUUUGAGCCAUGGUCUACUCACCUCGAUGGAAAAAUUGUCAUGGUCACCGGCGCUUCCGCCGGCCCCGGCCUCGACUUCUGCCUCGACCUCGCUCGGGCUGGCUGCAGAGUCGUGGUCGCAGCCGUACGUAGAACCGACCUCCUCAAGUCCCUCUGCGAUCAGAUCAGUAUUGCAAUGGAAGCACCCGAUGGCAGCGGCUCGUGUCAAGCUAUCGCGGUGGAGCUCGACGUUGCUGCCGACAGCUCCACUAUUGAGGCCAACGUGGAGAGAGCUUGGGCCGCAUUCGGCUCAAUUGAUGCUUUGAUUAACAAUGCUGGUUUGAGAGGGCAAGUGAAAUCGUCACUAGAGCUCUCCGAGGAGGAAUGGGACAGAGUGGUGAAAACAAACUUGCGGGGCUCUUGGUUGGUGUGGAAGUACGUCGGCGAACGGAUGCGCCGCCGUGGUGCCUGUGGUUCAGUGAUAAACAUCUCAUCUAUUGCCGGCCUAAAUGGGUUUACGGUAAGCGGCGGCAUUGCCUAUACUGCUUCAAAAACCGGCCUCAACUCCAUGACCAAGAUUAUGGCGCUAGAAUUGGGAGAAUACUGUAUAAGGCUGAACUCAAGUGCUCCAGCAUUAUUCAAAUCCGAAAUUACAGAAGAGCUUCUUCGGAAACAAAUGUUUCAAAAAUUUGGAACAACAGAUCAUGCACUAACAUCUCUCAUACGUUACUUAAUUCAUUACUCUUCCAAUUAUGUUACUGGCAAUAUUUUUAUCGCCGACUCUCUCCUUGGCUCUCCACUUUUUUCCUCCCUCUAA